CCUCGAGGCCGCACGAGAUGGCGAGCGGGCGGCGACCUCCCCGCGGGGCUGCGCUGCCGUCACGGGGCGGCGGGGCGCUGGCACGGCCGCCGGGAGCUGCGGUGCCUCGUCCCAGGAGGCGCUCGGGGCCGGGUUGGACGGGCCCUGGGCCAGCCCAGGCGGCGGGGGGCAGCCCUGCCCGUAGGGCUGGAUGGGCUUUGAGGUCUCCUCCAACCGAAAGCAUUCCGCAGCCGCCGGCGUCACGGCGCCGUUACAGCGCGAGACCCGCUCCGCACCGAAGUCACCGUGAAUCGCCGACCGGCCAGCGCACCGUCAGCUCAUUACCUCGCGUGCGACGAGGCACGCCUAUUCCUUACCCGCGAAGAGUACCCUGCAAAAGAACUUGCGGCAUCGUUAGAAUUAACAAACGCCGGCUACCAAACCCGGAGCUGGCGGGAGGCUUUCACGAAGACUUUGGAAACCGGAGUUUUCGAAUGGAGCUAGGUGGCGAAAUAGAACAGAACCUGAGGACGCCUGUAAUUCCACAGGGGACGGCGUCGCUUCGUAAAGCAAAGAAAGCCACUGUAAAAACAUGUCUAGAUAACCCCUUUGUUAUUCAGUGGAAAGCCAUAGAUGGAGAUGGUAUGCAUUUCAUAUUACAGACCUUAGAAGAAAAGAUUAAAUGUAUUGGACUUAAAAAGAUAGAGACUCCAAGAAAGAAAAAACGUUCAGUUACAAAAAACCAAAUGGAAAGCAAGCGUGAUGCUAGCAACAGUGAACUCCCUGCCAAAGGAGAAACAGAAGGCCAUCAGCAAGCACCAGGAUGGACUGACACGGGCAUCAGAAGACAGCUUGCUAUUGGAAUUAAUGAAGUUACAAAAGCAUUGGAGAAAAAUGAACUGCUUCUCUUGCUGGUGUGCAAAUCUGCAAAACCUGCCAUGAUCACAUCCCAUCUUAUUCAGCUGAGCGCAAGUCGAGCCACUCCAGCAGGCCAGGUUCCCCGCCUCAGUGAAACGGUAGCACCACUUCUUGGCUUAACAUCCAUUUUAGCACUAGGCUUCAAAAGGCAGUCUGAUAAAUUUACUGACGUAGUAGAAGCAAUAAUUCCAAAGAUACCCCCUUUGGAAGUGCCAUGGUUUCAGUACCAAACUGAAGGAUCCGCACUGUGUGCGGAGUUGUCAGAAACUGAUGAAGCUGAGCAGCUUGCGGAGACGCCGGAGGAGGAGCUCUCAAGCCAGAAGCGGAAGCGUACAGAAAGCAAUCAGCUCGAUCUUUCACAUGUAAUUUUGCAGCCUUUGAAAAUCAAGAAAGUUGUUCCAAAUCCAAAUAAGAUAAAGAAGCCACCUCGCAGAAAGAAAAAAGCUUUUUCAGCAUAACUGAUUUUAGUUCAGUCCUUCAGAUUACAGUGAUUUUUUUUUACUGCCUAUGCAAUACAGCUGUAACUGAACUACUCUGUUAAGCUUUAACAGUGUAAAGCAGUUGAACUCAGGGUUAACUCAUGUAUGAUGCAUCCAGGCGAGGUUCUCUUUGCUUUAAUAAAGAAUAUGGCUCAAACUUGUGUGUGAGCCCCUAUCUGGAGAUAAACAUUUCAUUUGCAGCUGGAGAUCACAAAGUUGAAACCAUUAAUGAGCAUCUUGAAGUAAUUUGAGGAUAACAAGCACAUCUUUAGAAUAAAUAUAAAGUGCUAAGCAAA